CUGCUGUUCAUGCACGGAGCAGGAGUGUACACACAUUUCCAUCUGUUGCGGUGUGAGGAGGGGUGCUGUAUCCUUCUCCCUCCUGUGUACACCCCUGUUACGAAGUUCGCCAACGGUACAACGACUUCAGGAAACCACAAUCAGCGGUUUGUUUUUGCAGUCGGGGUGAAGAACCACCUGUGAACUGAACCCGGUGCCGUGGCUCACCCCCGCACGGCCAAGGAAGAGCUGGGGACCAGGGACCCACGGCGGCUGGCCGGGGGAUUGGUGUCAGGGUCUCCCUGGGCUGCUGGAGGGGGCACACGGCCGGCGGCGGAGGGGGUAUAUAAGCCGGCGGCGCGGGGCGCACCGUGCUAGCAACAUGAAGCUCCUGAUCGCGAUGUGCGCGCUGGUGGCGCUCUGCGCGGCCGCCCCCGCCAACUACCAGCUGCCCGACGGCCAGGCCGUGGUGGCGAGCCAGGCGCGGCUCGACAAGUACGUGGCCUGCCUGCUGGACGAGAGCAAGUGCGCGCCCGAGGCCCGCCCGCUCAGGAACCAGGUUCCGGAGGCGCUGAAGACGGCCUGCGCCGCCUGCACCCCCGAGCAGAAGCAGUUCAUCAGGAUCACGACCAAGCACCUGAUCCAGCACCGGCCCGAGGACUGGAAGAAGAUACAGGCGCACUUCGACCAGAAGGGCGAGCACACAGAGAAGUUCCGCAAGUUCCUGGCCGCCUCCAACUGAAGCCCCGCCCCCGACUGAAGCCCCGCCCCCGUACACGCUCGCUUAUUUAUUCAAUAAAAACCCAACAUAACAA